AUGCGGGCCAUUUUCCUCUGCUUCCUCUUAUCCGCAGUCACAAGUGCCUAUCCAGCGCGUGGCCCAUGUACGGGAGAUUGCUGGACUCAUGAUCCUUCAAUGAUUCGCCGCGAGUCCGAUGGCACUUAUUUUCGUUUCUCUACUGGCACGGGGGUCAAUACAAUGAUGUCUCCCUCGUUGCAGGGACCCUGGGCAGAUGUUGGUCGAGCAAUGCCCAAUGGGUCGAUCAUUCAUGUUGACGGGGUCGACAGCAACGAUAUAUGGGCCCCCGACGUCCACUACCAAGAUGGAAUCUACUACAUGUACUACGUUCUCUCCAAACUGGGCACACAAACUUCCGAAAUUGGCGUAGCCACCUCCAGCACCAUGGAGCCCGGCUCCUGGACCGACCACGGCAUCGUGGGAAUCCCCGCCAACAACGCCUAUAACCGUAUCGACCCGAACUGGGUCACCAUCAACGGGCAGCAGUACCUCCAAUUCGGUUCCUACUGGCAAGGACUGUACCAGGUCGCCCUUCAGAGUCCACUGCACGUGGGUUCGGAUGCGCCGCAUCAGCUUGCGCUCAACUCAAGCUUGAAUCACCGCAUCGAAGCCCCCUUUUUGUACCAGCAUGACGAGUACUAUUAUUUGUUCUACAGUGGUGGUAUUGCUGGUUCCUAUACCGCUACGUACCCGGCGCAGGGCGAGGAGUAUCGGAUCGAUGUUUGCCGGUCGACCAGUGGAACUGGCGGAUUCGUUGAUCAAACGGGCAAAUCCUGCCUUGAAUCAGGAGGUACCUUGAUCCUCGCCAGCCACGAUCAAGUCUAUGCACCCGGUGGACAGGGCGUACUGAACGACAAAGACCUCGGCCCUAUUCUGUACUAUCAUUACUACUCUCUCGCUGCCAAGCAAAGUGGCGGCGCCGGCAUCGAUGGCUAUCUCUAUGGAUGGAACGAGUUGGACUUUUCAUCAGGCUGGCCUGUUGUGAAAGCUGUUUGA